UGGUGGUUCUUCUGGUAUGUCGAUGGGACACGGUGGACAUGGUGGUGGGCAUGGUGGGAUGAGUUCCGGUAGAGCAUCCAUGGGUCUUGGAGGAGGAGCUCAAGAUGGUGUGAGCUCUAGUGGUGGUUCUUCUGGUAUGUCUAUGGGCCACAGUGGAAAUUCUUAUAGAUGGUCUUCUAACCAAGGUGGUGGACAUGGCAGUAUGAGUUCUGGUGGAGCAUCAACGGAUCUUGGAAAAAGUGAUACAGCGCGAAUGGAAGUAGAAGAUGUGCAUGUCACGCAUGUAAAUGGACGUUAUUUUGAUAGAGAAUCGCUUGAUGUUUCUGUAAAUCGCAGACCUUAUGGGCGUAAUACUAUUAAUAGCAGAGUUAGGGUGAUCGAAGAUUUACCACGUGAUAUGUCGUUAAAAACAGAUGUUUAUGCUCAUGUUUUUGGCAAUACUUAUGCACCAACCGGAGUAUCGUAUGACACACCUGUGUGUAUGGAUGCCUCAAAUAACCGUGUAUUUCAACAAGUAAUGAAUAGGAUGGGAGUAAACUGUGGUUGUCCACCAAAAAGGGGUAUGUACGAGAGUUUGGAAAUGGAGCCAAAUAUCAGGGUUCCACCUUGUGCUACGAAUCUCCCUCGUAUGAUGCUCAACAAUGAAUUGUAUUCAAGAAGUGGAACGUUAAUGAAAACAAGAACUUUUGUUAAUUUUGUACCUCCAGAAAAUAUGAGAUACUCGCGCCAAUAUCAAAAAUUCAAUCGACCUUGCACACAAUGUAAUCGUUGUCGUUCUUGGAAUUUCAACUGAAUAAUGUAAACUUUAUAUAAAAUAUACUUUUAGUCCUAAUGUAUAAAAUACAAUUUCAAGUACCUAAAUUCAACUAAUAAAUAAUUUACUUUUAAAUUUAGUUGUCCUUAAGUACAUAAAAUCAUAACUCUUGCAUAGCACAGUGAGUUAUCAAAAGUUCUAAGUUAUUUAUCAUACAUUUUUUACACUUCAAGUGUAAAAACCAAAAAGUGGUAUACG